UUAACUCCGCCCGGCUCUGACGCUGUGUGUGUUUGAUGGUCUGAGCUCGAGCUCUGCUGUCAAUAUCGCACUUUAAAUGUUUAAAUGUAAUGCUAUGGGAUUCUGACCAUGGAUAAAACCCGAAUCCUGAUCGUAUGUUUGGCUGUUUUGGGAUUUGGUAGAGAAUGUGACGGUCUGUUGUGUAACUGCACCACGUCUCAGUGUGAAAAGAAUGGCUACCGCUGUGAGACGACGGGGGCCUGCAUGGCUUCAACCUCACUUAUUGAUGGCCAGGAGCAGCAUGUACGAAUCUGCAUCGACAAAGACAAACUGGUUCCUCCAGGGCAACCCUUCUUCUGCUUGAGCGCCGAGGGGCUGCUCAACAUCCACUGCUGCUACACGGACUACUGCAACAGUCUCGACCUCAAGGUGCACUCGGUGACUGUGCAGCCGAACUCGGCCAUGAUGGGUAGCUGGGGGCCAGUGGAACUGGCUGCUGUGGUUGCAGGCCCUCUGUUUGCUCUGUUUCUGCUGGUACUGCUGGGCCUCUUCCUUUUCCAACACCAUCAGAGAGCCUAUGGCCACAGACAGAGGCUGGAGGUGGAGGACCCCAGCACUGAGCAUCUGUACUUGGCUAAGGACAAAACUCUACAGGACCUUAUCUAUGACCUGUCAACAUCCGGCUCAGGUUCAGGUCUGCCUCUGUUUGUUCAGAGGACAGUAGCCCGAACUAUUGUGCUACAGGAGAUCAUAGGUAAGGGCCGCUUUGGAGAGGUGUGGAGGGGAAAGUGGAGAGGAGGAGACGUGGCAGUGAAGAUUUUCUCCUCUCGAGAAGAGCGCUCCUGGUUUCGUGAAGCUGAGAUCUAUCAGACCAUAAUGCUGCGGCAUGAGAACAUACUGGGAUUUAUUGCCGCUGACAACAAAGAUAAUGGCACAUGGACUCAGUUGUGGCUGGUGUCUGAUUAUCACGAGCAUGGAUCUCUGUUUGAUUAUCUGAAUCGAUACUCCGUCACCAUCGAGAUCAUGAUCAAACUGGCGCUUUCUGCAGCCAGUGGCCUGGCACACCUGCAUAUGGAGAUCCUGGGCACCCAGGGUAAGCCUGGUAUUGCUCACCGUGACCUGAAAUCAAAGAACAUUCUGGUAAAGAAGAAUCUCACAUGUGCCAUUGCGGAUCUGGGCCUCGCAGUACGCCACGAGUCUGUCACAGAUACCAUCGACAUCGCCCCCAACCAACGCGUGGGCACCAAGAGGUACAUGGCUCCAGAGGUGUUGGAUGAAAGUAUCAACAUGUGCCACUUUGACUCUUUUAAAUGCGCUGACAUCUAUGCGCUGGGGCUGGUGUACUGGGAGAUUGCACGCCGCUGCAAUGCCGGAGGUAUCCAUGAAGAAUACCAGCUCCCCUACUAUGACCUAGUGCCCUCUGACCCAUCCAUUGAGGAGAUGAGAAAGGUGGUGUGUGACCAGAGGUUAAGACCCAAUGUACCCAACUGGUGGCAGAGCUAUGAGGCUCUGCGUGUGAUGGGGAAGAUUAUGAGGGAGUGCUGGUAUGCCAACGGUGCCGCUCGACUGACCGCUCUGCGCAUCAAAAAGACCCUGUCUCAACUCAGCGUGGACGAGGAUGUCAAAAUGUGAAAAAGCCCAAGCCAGAGUGAGGGUCAGAGAACACUGUAACAGAAACACGUGUACAAAAUUACUACUGCUCCAAACUAUCCUGCCAGUGUGAGAAAAUGUACCGUCGUCAGUCGAGUCGUGACACGGCCUACCUCACCCACAAGCCAAAACUACUAACAAAAUUGUAUUGCAUCAUAUUCUUGAACUCAACUGCUCCUCCAUCCCUUUUUAAUGUACGCCCACAGACUGCAAGUUCUGAUCCUAUUGAUCUACAUUGAGCACUGCUGCCCCAAGAAUAGCUGACAUUUCCCAGAUAUUUCAAUUAGUCCCAUAUCAGCAGCUCGGAGCAGCUAUCACUUUAACGUGCAUAUUACGUGAACUACUAUAACAAGUCACUGAAUCCAGCUCCGGGCUGCUAUCAUGGCAAGAAGUAAAAUUGGAAUGUGGGUUUGUACAGAGUUUAUUGCACUCCAUCUGUCUCGCUCGUGUAGGAAUGUGGGUUGUGUGUGUUUGACCUGAGCAGAGUAUUUUACUUGAAUGCAGGUGCUAUUUUAAGCUUUAGUUUUUGGGUGCAUAUAAUUUUACCCAAACCUAAGAUUUAAAGCAAGGGUUAAGUAGACAGGUUAGGUAGGGCACUCCAGGGGAAAGCUAACCAUUUGGGGAAAAAAUAACUAAAAAAUAUAUAUACGUGUGUAUUUGUGUUGGGUUAUAUUUUGGCACCACUGAUGUGUGUUUGAAAACUGGACAGUGCCUAUUUUUUGUUUUUACACUUCAUCCAUCGUGAAUUCAUCUGUUAAUUCUGCAUUUAUUGCUGCGUUCAUUCAUGGAGGUGUGUGUGUGUUUGUCUGUGAACUGAAUAAUCGCGUCUCUCUUAGUAUGACCCAUUUACAAACUUUGAAUGGUGCAUUGUGUAUUUAUUUUAGCUUGAAUUAGAUCGACAUUCUUCAUUCGCUUGUUUUGCUUUAGUGUCAUUAGAUUUCUCUUGUACUCCAUAAGUAAAGCUAAAUGUAUAUAGAAUGUAUUUUUGGAAAGGUACAACAGUGUAGAUCUCAUUGCCUUUUGGUUUCAGGUUGAUUAGAUACUAAGCUAAGUGAAAGCGUUGGGGUGAACGUUAGAUGCUUAAACACUGAUGGGAUUGUAUGGUGGGAUAAAGCGCUCUGAUUGUAACCCCAACACACUGGUAAUUUUUCUUUUCUUUUUUUGCUCGGUUCUGCAUUUUACACGUAUCACUGUAGCAUCCUGUAGCAACAGUAUGAACAAUUUAACAGUAUCUCUUUGGCAAUAUGCCUUUCAACCAUGAACACACUGGAAAGGUUGAGUAGAUGAAAGGAAUAUGCAAUAUUCACAGGGAGUGCUCCAGUUCAGGAGAUGAAGCAUUAGUAUAGUGAAAAGUACCCCAGCGCAGUGUGCAUGUGAAGACAGGAUGAGCUGUUCAACCUGAAAUUAAGGAGUGGCCUCAGCUCUUCAACACUGUAUUUUUGACUACUAUACCACACAAGAACCUUUUAUAUUAUCAGUACUACUGCCCUGCUCCUGCUCACUCUCCCUUACUGCUCUUGAUAUGCAACUUGUAAAUAGUUUGUAAGUAUACAUUUUUUUUCUCCCCUUCCUUUUUUUGUAAUCUUAUAGACAGUUCUUGAAGCUUGCUGUAUUUUUGUGAUGACCUUUUUAUUUUUUAUUUUUGAGUAUACACUCACAGGUACUACUGAUAUCUCUUUCUCUGUAGAAUAUACAGAUACUUGAUGUAUAAAUAGGACGUUAGUCAUGUUAAAGGAUGAGAUGUUCUUAGGAUUCGAUGCCAACUGGGCAUGAAAUUGUUAAUCGAAACCUCUCUAGCAUGUGAAAGCCAAAAAUAAUAUUUAUAUGGAGAGUUGGUUGUCUUUUUAUGUGGUUCUUAGGUUUAUAUUAGAACUCUUGUUGUUACGGGGCAAAACCUGUACAUGUUGAUGACACUGGAUUAUAUACACUACUGAAUACACUACAGUACUCUAAAAUGUAACCGCAAAUGUAACACUACUGUCUGCGCUCUGCUGAGCCUGAAAUUGCUCGUAUGGUGCAGCAUCAGGCAGAUCUGAAAUUGUUCAUGUUUUUAGGUACAGAUAAGAUUUUUUUUUAUGUUUAUGUUUUUUUUGUGUGUGUUUGAUUUCUUUCCUACUGUGUGUGGUAUUGUUUUUUUUUUUUGUUUUUUUGUUUUGUUUUUUUGCUUUGGUUUCACCUCUCCAGCUGAAAGUGUAUGUACAUAUAUUUAUAGCUUCCUGACAAAGUUUCUGCUGCUGCUGUGUUAUGGAGGCAUGAGCAUAGUCAGGGUUAUAAUAUUUAUGAAUUUAGGUCGGCUCCUGUUAUGCUUCUAAUUCAGAAGAGACCUGUGUAGCUAUGAUGCCUGAAAUGCCUCGUCAUUAUUCUAAUACACAGGCUGGAUAUGAGCCUUCGUUCCUAUGUAUUACUAUAAGGAAAGGUGUGUAUUGUAACAGAUUGAUCUUUGACCCUACAACAUUGUCUGCUGAGUAUAACCUAAGUGAGCUCCUAAACCCAAAUCAGUCUUUUCAGGAAUUGUUUCCAAUCAUGUACAUAAGUAAUAUUAUACAGUAAUAAAGACAUUUUCCUACA